AGCAGCAGCAAAGCAGCAGCAGCAGCGGAAAGCACGGACAGCGGACGUGACGUCAUGAGUCGAAGGCCAACGAGUGAAGCUCGCCCAGGAGGCGAUUCCGUCUGCUACCGAACCCGACGCGCAGUGCUCCGCUAGAGGGCGCUCACUUAGAGAUGGCCAUCACGUAUACGGACGUGGAUAUGAUGUUGUUUCACGUUGAAUACAAGGUCCAGAUGAACAACAACAAUAACAACAACAACAACAACAACAGCAGCAGCAGCAGCAUCUCAGCGGAAGCCUUCGAGAUUCUCCUCCGAAAUCAGAUGAAACAGAUACUUCUGAUGACGUCAUUCGCAGACGAGAUCGCUGCAUUCGCUACAAGCACAGACAGUCAGCUUGGUGAACCUGGUCUUGAAACAGUCGCCGUGCACAUGGAUCUUGCACUGACACCUGGCGGACUACAUUUGAAACCGUCGCAGCUCGCCGGUAGUCUGAAGGGAUCAGCCGAGUUACAAGAUGACAGAGCGUCUCAGCUGACAGUAGUAGCGGAAAGCUUCACAGUGAAAGAUAUCGACGAGUGUGAGAAUGAGAUCUUUAAUCGGUGCCACGAGAUGGCUGUGUGUGUGAACACAGUCGGUUCGUACAGCUGUACCUGUGAUGAGGGUUAUGAUGACGUAUCUACGGGGAAGGUUGGUAGUGACUGCAGGAAGCUAGAGAGACGCUCCACGGUGAUGAUAGUUGUCGGAUCCGUCAUCGCCAUCAUCGCCGUCGGCACCCUCGUCGUCGCCGGCGUCGUUAUCUACUACGCACGCGUGAGGAACCGUGGCGGCGCCGCCUUCUCCCCCUCUCCCUCCACAUACAACAUUCACCCUCGCACGCACCGCGGCCGCUGGCAGGUGUGACCGCAUAUCCGCUACCUACCGCUCCCCCUGGCGGCGGGAAGGGGCGUGAAUUCACUAGUCUUAUCUACGAGUUGCCGACGACAGCGUGGCGACGUCCGUUGUCAUAUAUGUUAUUAGCUCACGUGUCGAAGUAUAAUAUGUAAGAGAGCGUGAUACAUCAGGGUAGAAAACAGUAUUUAUGUCUAAUGUCUAAAUAUAUAUAUAUGCACGUAAAAGAAUAUUAUAGAACAGAAUAGAAAGUUAUAUUUAUGUCUAAUGUUUAUAUCUGUAUGUGUGCGUGCGUGCGUGCGUGUGUGCGUGCGUGCGUGCGUGCGCGU